AUGUUCAAAUUCGCCGCUGUCAUCUUCACCAUCGUUGCCUGUGUGGCAGCCAAGCCGGGUCUUCUGCAUGCGCCACUCGCUGCACCACUUGCUGCGCCACUUGUGGCGGCUGCUGUUCCUGUGCCCGCACCUGUAGUGACUGCCACCAGCAGCCAAGUGGUGGCUAGGAACUUCAAUGGAAUUGCCGCAGCACCUGUGAUUGCCCCUGUGGCGCCCGUUGUAAGGACUGUGGCGCCACUUGCAGCUGCUCCCAUCAUUUCAGCUCGUCCGUUCGCAAGUCCUUUGGCUUACCGUGCAUAUGCUGCACCAUUGAACUAUGCGGCGGCGCCUGCUCCUCUUCUUUUUUAA